GAGCAAAAAUCCAUGAGAUAAACGUGUCUCUCGAGAAACACUGAGCAGUCGGUUACCACGCCAGUUUGUUGCCAGUCUGGUUAGCGUCAGCAGAGUUGGACAAGCGGUCGAGGUUCUCUUCCAUACUCAGCUGCUGGGGCACCGGUUCAUUCGGCUUAAUACUUAGUGACCACUUUACCAUCGUUCACUCGAGCCCGCAACUCGCAAGCAUGAGGUGGUACUACGUCAAGCCCCACGCUACCGUGGGCCAAUAUUAUUUGGUAAUAGUCGCAGUAAUCAUCGCCGUCUGCAGUCCCACGAGGUCUGAUGAUUCGACUGGUGGACUUUCACGUCCUAGAAUCACCCUGUACUACGAAUCGCUUUGCUACGAUAGCAUCCAGUUUGUGAGAAAUCAACUAGUCCCAACGUAUCGUGCUAUUGGAAGCUAUUUUACCGUCGACUAUAUUCCUUAUGGAAAGGCCACGCAAGAAAAGCACAUUAGAAAUGGGGUUCAACAAUGGCAUUUCACCUGUCAACAUGGACCGCAAGAAUGCUACGGCAACAAAGCGCAAGCUUGCGGCAUAAACAACAUUUUGACAAACCCUGAAAGACCCAACAAGCAACAGGACCUAAUCAAUUUUGUCGGCUGCGUGAUGGGGGCGAUGAAUCCGUCCACUGCUGUUCAACAGUGUCUACAAACGAUUGGCAUCGGUGCGCAUGACAGAUCGUUGGUGGACAAUUGCAUCUCAUCCGCUGCAGGAGAUGAGCUGCUAGCGGCUUACGGUAACAAAACUUUUGAUCUGCAGCCAAACCUGAGCUUUGUACCAACCAUCGUGGUAAACGGGGAAUACUCGCAUGCGAACCAAAAUAACGCGCUGCGCAACCUCAAAGGUGUCAUCUGUAAUCACCUAUCUGAUCACAACAAGCCGUCAGAUUGUCGCGGCUGAACGUUCCCGUAAAUUAAUGUAUAAUCCUCGGUAUUACAAUUCAACCGAAAGAGAAAGAUGUGAAUUUUUAAAUAUUCUCACCGUCACAUUUUGGUUCCAAUCAUUUCAAUUACCUACAAUAUUAUAAAAUUGUGUAUCAAUUUAAAUAUAUUUUC